AUGCUUAUGUCCUCGAAGAGUGUACGCAUGGACAUAUACGAAUUGAACACUGAAUCCGUUGACGGACAGUACCAAAUGCCAGUGAAGUUCAUCAAAGUGAAUAAACCAGAACUUCUCACUGUUGAAAACCCAAAUUACGCUGACCUCAUACGAGACAACGCCCAUCUGUCUGAGGUGAUAAUCGCAGACAAAGACACCAAGAGUCAACUUCCUGUGCAUGUUAUCUUUGGAAGUGGCGAAUACGCACGCAUCAAGACCGAGACGAAACCUUGUGUGAGAAAGGAAGGUGGCCCAGUCGCGGAGCUGACGAAGAUGGGAUGGUUCAUAAUGAGCCCUGGAACAGAGUUCGACCGGAACCGGAUGCUGUUGACGCAAACUUCACAAAGUGAUUACGAAGGUUUAUGUCGCAUGGACAUUCUUGGACUUGCUGAUGCAGCUGAGAAUGACCAAACUAUCGUGCAUGCUGAGUUCAAGGAGCAACUUCACCGUGACAAAGAAGGCUGGUACGAGACAGGGUUACCUUGGCGAGCUAACCAUCCAGAUUUGCCGAAUAACGAACAUGGAAGUCUACAUCGAUUGAGCAAGCUAGAGAAAAGUUUACAGCGAAAGGACUUAACGGUAGCGUAUAACGAAGUUAUUGAGAGUCAAGUAAAAGAAAAUAUCGUUGAGAAAGCUCUGUCAAAGCCUCGGGUCAAGAGUUCUAUAUUCCGCACAAACCGGUUGUGCGAGAAGCGGCAUCAUCGACAAAGUUACGAGUCGUUUAUGACGCGUCAGCACGUGCGUCUCCUGAUUCCCCAUCCCUCAACGAAUGCCUUAACCCCGGACCCCCACUUCUCAAUUGACUAUGGGAUGUUCUAGUCCGACGACGCGUUUAUCCAGUUGCAGUAACCGGAGACAUUCGCCAAGCAUUCUUACAAACACGUGUACGAGAAACCGAACGAGAUGCCCUAAGAUUCCAUUGGCGGUCGGGUGAAGAAGCUGAAAUCGAGACAUACCGUUUUACGCGGGUUCUGUUUGGUCUUGCCCCUUCUCCGUUUCUCCUCAACGGUGUUCUAGAAGCUCAUCUUGACACAUGGGAAAGGAAAUGUCCUGAAGUUGUAGCUGAGCUGAGAAAGAGUCUAUAUGUUGAUGACCUUCUGUCAGGUGGACAAACAACCGAGCAAGCACAACACACGAAGGAAAUGGCCAGUGAGAUACUUCAAGACGCCACAUUUCAACUACACAAGUGGAAUUCCAAUGUUCCUGAACUGGAAGACAAGACCACAACGCAAGCAGAAGACGAGCAGACCUACGCGAAGCAACAAUUGAAUGUAAAUCAACAAGAUUCAAAGAUACUCGGGCUGAAAUGGAAUAAGCAACAGGACAUUUUGAGUGUAGUAGUCCCCAAAGAAGAGGUUCAACCGACUAAACGUGGAGUACUCGGAAAGCUAGCCAGGAUCUACGACCCUCUAGGACUUAUCGCACCAGUGACACUCGAAGGUAAACAAAUCUACCGAGAAGUCUGUGAAUCUCAAAAGGCGUGGGAUACCCCAUUAAACGAGAACCUUCAACAACGUUGGAAAAAAUGGGAGGAAGAAACGCUUGGGGAAUAUUCAGUACCAAGAUCAAUCACUCGUCAUCAGGAAGAAAUCGAAGCUGUAGAGCUACAUGCAUUUAGUGGAACCACUCAACAACUUGUAGCAGCGAAAGGUCGUCUUGCCAAGAAAACCUUAACAAUACCUAGGCUUGAACUGGUUGGCGCGCACAUGGCUACUAACCUGCUUAUCAACGUACGAAACGCCCUUGAUAAUAUCCCAACACCACAACUAUUCGGGUGGAUUGACAGUACAGUUGCCCUACAUUGGCUCAAAGGGAACGGUCAGUAUAAACAAUUCGUGGCAAACAGAGUGGCCAAGAUACAGUUACACAAAGAGAUCCAUUGGAGAUAUGUGCCCACAAGUGAUAACCCCGCUGACCUGGCAAGCAGGGGUGGUCAAAUCAAACAGAAAGCGCUUUGGGAGAAUGGUCCAAAAUGGCUUCAAGACGAGAGUGAGUGGCUAGAAAAUUUGGUGACGAAAGCUUCGCCAUCCUCAGAGACGGAAGCAAGAGCAACAAAGGAACUAUUAAAUGUCGUAAAUGUCAAGGACGAUGCCGACGAAUUCGAUCGAUUACUGGAACGCUUAAACUUAAGACGAGCCUGUAGAGUUGGGGUGUGGAUCAAGAGGUUCAUACACAACUGCAGAAAUAACGAUAAAAGGUCCGGACCAAUUACGACGGAAGAAGUAAUCAGAGAACGCGAUUGGUGGAUUCGGCGUGUUCAACAACGAGUACAGAAAGAACCACACUAUCCAAAGUUGGUGGAAGAGUUAGGAUUACGUACUAAUGCAGAUAAUAUACUGGUAUGUCACGGGAGAAUUCAAGGAAAAUAUCCAAUAUUCCUUCCAAGAGGCGCGAAGUUUACAGAGAAGCUAGUACAACGAGUACACAGUGAAACGCUCCACGGGGGAGUAAACUUAACUAUGGCUGCAGUUAGAGAGCAAUUCUGGGUACCACGGUUGCGAAGCUUAGUCAAAAUCGUUCGUAGCAACUGCUAUGGGUGCAAGAGAUUCCGCGCGUCAGCGAUCAAUAAACCGGUACCAGGUCAACUACCAGAAGAACGCACCACGGUCGGAGGAGCCUUUGAAGUCAUCGGUACAGAUUUUGCUGGUCCUAUCAGAUAUAAGCAGAAAGGCAACAAGGAAGGAAAGGUAUAUUUGGCUAUUUUCGCGUGUAGCCUUUCUCGAGCUGUGCAUCUAGAGUUAUUACCAAACAUGGAAACGUUCAUAUCAUGUCUUAAGCGAUUUAUUGCGCGUCGUGGAAGACCACGUAUCAUUUACUCAGACAAUGGUGGAACAUUUAUUAAAGCCGCAAAAUGGAUUUCACAGCUACGGAAGGAUGAACGACUUCGAGGUCUUCUAGAACAGUACGAGAUAACAUGGAGGUUCAAUUUAAGUCGUGCCCCAUGGUGGGGCGGACAGUUUGAGAGGCUUAUUGCAAUUGUUAAGUCCGCCAUGUACAAAGUAAUUGGGAAUGGUGUUCUUACUUGGACGGAGCUUAGUGAAGUAUUGUUGGAUGUCGAAACGCAAAUUAAUCGUCGACCGCUCAGCUAUGUUGAAGAUGAUCUAGAGUUGCCAACGUUGACACCAGAAACAUUCCUAUAUCAGCGCACGUCUCAUUUGCCAGAACAGCAGACUUGGACAAUAGCAGAACAAGAUAUUCGGAAACGAGCGAAAUUUCUUAAAUCGUGCAAGGAUGGGUUGUGGCGUAGAUGGCAAAGAGAAUAUCUGACUGCACUAAGGGAAAGACACAAUCUAACGCAUAAAGUGAGCAAAUUUCGACCGACGGAAGGCGAUGUAGUUAUCGUGAAAGCAGAUUCCAAGAAUCGAGGAACUUGGCCCCUAGCAGUGGUUACUAAAACAUUCGUUGGUAAAGACGGAGUUAUUCGAGGCGUUCAGCUCAAGACUGGAAAGGGAACAAUAGAAAGGCCAGUCCAAUUGUUAUAUCCACUUGAGUUAGCUUGUGAUGCCAAGCCGAUCGCGAACGGAGUGAGUCUAAACCCAAGAGCAACAGAAUUCCGACCCAAGCGAGCCGCAGCAGCUACAGCAAACGCCCGGAUUAGACAAAUCCAAGAGAUAGAAGAAGAAGACGAGAUAUAAACACUUAACAUUAAUCAUUAACAAGAGUAGUGGACUCUUAUUAACGUUGACAUUAUUAGCUAUUAGUAAUAUUAAGGUUAUAUACCGAACUUUAUUAGAUCAUAGAACAACGGACAGUUAUAACAUAUGCAUCUAGUCUAGAAUGCAUAUGGGGGGAGUGUGAUGGAAACACUUGCAUGGAAACACCCACCCUAAAAUCGGGUUGGGGAAAUUUUGGCGGGAAGCACAUGUGUUGUUGUUGUGAGGAGUCGAAGCGAGUGACUCAGUAUCGGGAUUAAUAUGAGAUUUAUUAUGUAUUAAACUUUACAGUAUUAUUAUUUUUGUGGGAAAUUAUUUACGGAGGCUGUUGAGAGUAAUUUUCUACAGUCCAACAGUUUUUCGACAUGUUCGGCUGACCAAGAGCACUUAUUUUGUUUUUUUGACGUCGAUGAGGAUGCACCAGAAUUUUACUUCCUUUUCGCCGUCUUUGACUUUGCUAUCUGAAACUACAUCAUUCGCAGCCUGCCUCCUCCACAGGCGUCUCUUGGUCUCUUGCAGCGCGAACGUACGCGAAAGGAAGGAAAGUAG